AUGGCUGGACAAGGCAGUGGCAUCGUCUUUGAUGCCAUGAUGAUUGAUCUGGGGAACAAUCGACUGGAGGAUCUCGCCAGAGAUGUAAACCCCCGCGGUGGACAAAACACACAUGCCACUGCAGAGCCGCCGGCCACCCAACCUCGCGAGGUGGCCAAUAAGAAAGCCAAUGCUUGGAAUCAUGCUGUCGCGUCCGGAGCCUUUCGCGACGAUGACUCUCGAGGUGUGGACGGUCUUGAUACGAUUGCCAAUGGUCGUCUGCAUGCUCACAAUGCCCAACUAAGAGCUCGUCCUGACGUUCCAAGGAACGCUGGUCCUCGAUCCCAAUACAAUCCUCUCAAUCCCAGUGCUGCCAUCCACGGUCCCCGUCGUCGAUUCAGCCCGCAGCGACAAAACCAUGACUCGUAUGGUAUCGCAGAGAACAACAUUGCAUUCUCUCCGCAGGCAGAAGGUGGACCUACUCCCAUCAGGCCUACUAGACCGGUGCCAGCCUUCUCAGGCGCCGCGGGUCUGGACGCAGCAGUUCCUCAGCGAGGUGCAGUCCAGAGCAUACCGAGACAUCCCCUUUCAUCUCAUUCGCGCUCAGCAGUCCCUUCUAGUUCUACACCCACACGCACGGCAGACGCUUCACGAGACGCUGUCAGCAGUCCGGCAGAUGGUGCAAUCCUGCCUCAUCUCCGUGCUGCAACCACAUCCCUGCAGCGUCCAAGCAACGAUCCCGCUUCCUCCUUGCGGCGAGGCGCCAUCAACGGCAAUGCCAAACCAUCAGCAUCAGCUCAGAGUCCUGCUGGUGGUAUUGCAGCGUCCCUCACGACGAGUUCUCAACGUGCCGCGAGUCCCGUGAUUGCCUCGGUGAGUACUAGGACAUGGCCUGUCCAGACCGCUCAAGGGCUUCCUCCCCAUCUUUGCCCUUCUUCCCCUGUCGUUGUUUCCAAAGCACUUGCAAGCUCUCUCCCUAUGGCAAACCUCACCUUGCAGUCCUCAAAGGACAUGGCGCCAGUCCCUGCUGCCCCCCGAUCUGAUGAACCAAGCACCCAGGGUGGCUCCAGCAUUCGUCCCACACCUGAUGUCACAGUCUUCUUCGAGAGUGCUAUCCAGUCCCCGAGAGCAGCUGGGACAAAGGACGGCAAUCUUUUCUUGUACAAACACCCUCAGAAGAAUGUGUGCAUCUGGGAAAUGAGACUGGAGGAUGGUUACAUGGUUCGAGACGACGCCCGAGCCAUUGUGAACCCGAUCUUCAAACUUGGCAGCGCUCUCCUUUUGAGACGACAAGAUGCUUCAGAUGAGCCGAUACGUGCCACUAAUGUUCGACUUGGGAGUAUGACACAAGCUGACGAGUUCGUCAAGCUGCUCAAGGACCUCAUGCUCAUGUUUGCGUAUUCCUCUGACCCACGCUACCCAGCUGAGGAAAUUGAAGACACGAAGCAAUCGGCCAUGAUCGACAUAUCUACUCUGUCUCCCCUCGAGGAUGCUAUGGAUGCAGAAAGCAUGGUGGAGGACCCGAACCCCCCCCAAGCCACUGUAAAGAGUUUUGCAAGCGCUCAAUCCAUCUCAGAGGACCAAGACAGCAACAAAGAUCAAGAGACAGCAAGUGUCAAGCAGGAGCCCACCGACAACGAACAUGUCCUGAGACUUGAGGAUGAUGUGCUCGCCAACAUGAUCCAACAGCUCGAUCGCAACCAGGCCGACGGAAGAUCCAAGUCAUAUGCCGACAUAGACUAUAUGGCUGAGAAGACCGAAGAGACUCUCGACACAGAGACUCCUCAUCUUUCGUCUGAUGCCAAUAAGAAGCAUGUUAGUGUUGAACCGUUGGUGCCUAGCACUGAAAGCGAAGUCCUGAUUGACACAACGCUGGCCUCUCCGGAGCCCACUCGGCGAUCUUGUGCGAGGGACCUCGAAGGAAUUGUUUAUCACCCUGCUCAUGCCUCUACCAGCGCACUCGAUCCCGAGAUUGUGGUAAACCAUGGACCAAACAACUCUGGCCAAGCAUCUUCCUCCAGCGCUUCAUCUGAAGCUCUUGCAAACUCCAUCAAGGUCGAGUCCCCAGAGCCCUCAGUUCAGCCCGAGCCCAGCAAAGACAACGAGGUAUCAGAGCCUUCACUCGCUCUCCGAGAGAGCCCCGCCUCUGGUAGACAGCAGGUGAUGCAAUGUGAUGCAAAUAAGAAGGGCGCCAUCAAUGCAAGCAAACUGAAAUCCAUUCCGGUUGGGAUUGGCUUGUCGCAUGCUUCCAUGACUGUCUUGUCAAGCCUUACAGCUUACAACUAUCGAAUCAUGUCUCGAACUUUUGAUGACAUGGUUGAAUGGAUUGAAAGGACGCAGAUGUAUCGAGAGGGCUCCGUCAAAGAAUUUUCGGCCGUGCAGACGCUUGUGAUGCAUCUUGCCCGCCAUACCACCUUCCGAUCCUUGAACCACGAAGACCAACUACAGACAGCAGCCGUGGUUUUCGCCAAUCUGCGCCAGCUCAAGAGACAGAGCCGAAUCGUCUAUUCACCUCUCCAAAUAUUGGAAUUGGAGACUCAUGCAAGGCGUGCUCCCCCUGCCGUGCUCUUGCUCAAUGAGUUUAUUGAUCUCUCGCGCCUCGUAUGCCGUACAACAUCUCAUCUCAGUCCGGUGCGAAGCUCGAUUGCUCAUUCGAGGGGCACUGUCUCUGCAAGACAGACGCAGAGUGGCCUAUCGAAUGACGAGCCUACUCAUGGAUCAUCUCGCCAGACUUCACCCCGUCCAUCAAGCCCCUUGCGACAUAGCCGCUUGGGUCUGGCCCCGGCAAACGAUGGGCAUCUUCAUGUACCUUCUGAGCGGGCUGAAAUGCCAGACCAAGGCGAAUGUUCGACUACUCAGGCCGUUUCAGCGGUCACUUCAGCCCCCGCUGCUGAGUCCAGCCCACCUACUGUUCAAACCAACGACUACACCCCCAGCACCGGCGAUCAAGUCAGGGAACUCCCUCCCCACCUCCGGGCAAUGGGCCGUAGUCAUGCGAACGGUGGUCUCGGAGGCUCUCGAUGGGCUUAG